CUCUGCACUUCCUAAAAGUUCUCUUUGCAUAGAAACGAACAAGUGACCUAAAGUAUCUCAAACCCACAAUAGCUUAUCUAUACUUUAUUUUUUUCCCCAAGACAAAAAUACAACCAUGUGAGACGAGUGAAUCAGCUGAAGAGGCACCUAUAAAGGGAUGCAAGAAACUUAAAUGGUGGAGGAAGGUUUGGACUCAAAAAGACCCAUGAACAAUAUUCAGCAUGUCAAGGAGAGUAUCGUGUAUGCUCUUAGCACAAUGUGCUUGAUUUUAUUACUAUUCCACUCUGCAGCUGCCACCCCUUUCCCAACUGCUAAGAACUAGGGAACUCGAUUGUAGAGAAGUACAAGAGAGACCUAGGUUUUAUUGAGUGGUUUCACUCACUUCAGUCAUUCACCUUGUGAACUUGGGAGAGUGUCUGGGCCUCAUAAUCAUCUUCAAAACAAGAAGUAGUUAUACUAAAUAUAUGUUAUACUUAAUUAUUUCUAAGAUUCCUUACAGUUCUAAAAUCUUCUAAGCACAAGACACUUUUCUACAUACUAUCCUUCUCUCACUAGAAAUAACUUCUGCAAUCUCUACUUAUUUGUAGGAGCAAACUACAGGGAGGAUCAUUGGAUUCAGUUCUUAAUUUUAUGGAAGAAAAUUAAUGCAUUUAGAGUUCGGAUACAUUUUGUACUUCAGGCAGUAUAGGACAGAUAAUAAAAAUCCCAAAUGUGCAAAAUCCUUCCCACAUCAAUUUAUAAAGAUUCCCUUUUAUCCUGGUCUUCUCCCCAAAACUGAAGCCCCAUACCAAAUCUCCUUAGCUCUAGAGGGAACAUGCUCCAAGGUUUCAUGAAGCAAUCCUAGCUGUUGUAUUUCAGACUUUCAGAUUUCUCCAAGGGCUGAGGGUCUCAGAGUCUCAGAGCACCCUGAUUCCAAAGGGAAAAACAAGAAAACAAGAGGCAUUGGAGUUAAGGAUAGGUCAGCCACACACAAAACAAUACAAAGCAAAAGAGCAACCUGAGACACACAGCAACAGUGAAGAGGGAGAAAAGCCAAGAAAUCAGAACUGGGGCUUGUCCAAGAAGUUGACCAGUCAGCUACAGGGCUGGAGUUAAAAGGUCAACCCUGCAAUUUUCUGGGGCACGAGAGGCAGCUAUUCAUUUAAUCCUAUAUUCAUUGAGCACCAGGCAUUGUAAUAGGCCCUGGGGAUAAAAUGGUGAGCAAGAUGGAUGCCGUCCCUAUCUUCACAUAGCUUGCAAAGCAAAAAACGUUUUCUGAGCAUGUACUGUGAAUAAGGCACUGUGCUGGACACUGAGUGGACAGCCUUUUUCUUCAAUUCAGCAGCUUCAUCUAAGUCAAAAUAAACAUAGAAUUCAAGCAGCUGCCCUUUCUGGAGGCUUGAUUUCAUACAAUGUAGAUCAGACAACAUCUAGGAUUGCCAGAUAAAAUACAGGACCAGUUAAAUAUGAAUUUCAGAUAAACAAUGAACAAUUGUUUAGUAUAAGUUUUGUCCCAGGUUUCAGAAAAACAGGAUUUUUUUUUUUUGCCACAGAAUAUCGCAUGUAAUAUUUAGGAUGUAUUUAUACUAAACAAUUAUUCGUUGUUUAUCUGAAAGUAAAAUUUAACUGGGAGUCUAAUAUUUUUAUUUGCUAAAUCUGGCAACCUUAACAACAUCAUACUUUUCUAUUAACAUGUUCCAGCUCUCUUUUCACAGUGUGCAUAGAGAUCUAUAUUCUCUUCAAAGGAGGGAACACUGGCAGUUGCUGGGUAAUUUGAAGACUACUGUGGAGGGUUUAGUAUCAGCCAACAGCCCCAAUGUCUGGUCCAAGUAUGGUGGCCUGGAGCGGCUUUGCAGGGACAUGCAGAGCAUCCUCUAUCAUGGGCUCAUCCAUGACCAGGUGUAUUGCCGCCAGACUGAUUACUGGCAGUUUGUGAAAGACAUCCGCUGGCUUAGUCCCCACUCAGCCCUUCAUGUAGAGAAGUUCAUCAACUUGCAGGAGAAUGGCCAGAGCAGCACUGACGGCAUGAGUGAGCGUGCCGUUGCGGAGCUGUGGCUGCAGCAUAGCUUGCAGUACCACUGUCUCUCAGCCCAGCUCCGACCUCUGCUGGGGGAUAGACAGUACAUCCGAAAAUUCUACACAGAUACUGCUUUCCUGCUAAGCGACUCCCAUGUCACGGCCAUGCUCCAAUGCCUAGAAGCAGUGGAACAGAACAACCCUCGUCUCCUGGCUCAGAUUGAUGCAUCUAUGUUUGCCAGAAAGCAUGAGAGCCCGCUGCUGGUGACAAAGAGCCAGAGCCUGACAGCUCUGCCUGGUUCCGCAUACACCCCUUCAACCAGUUAUGCUCAGCAUUCCUACUUUGGGUCCUUCUCUAGCCUCCACCAAUCCACACCCCACCAUGGCUCAGAAAGAAGAUCUACUUCCUUUUCACUCUGUGGCCCAUGCCAGAAACCUCAAGAAAGCAGAGGACAUGUCUCGCCAGCAGAGGAUCAAACCGUCCAAGCCCCUCUGCUUCCAAUCUCUGCAUUAGCCGGGGACUCCCCCUCGACCCCAAAUGAGAUGAGCUCCAGCACUCUGACCAGCCCCUUAGAAGCACCCUGGGUUAUCAGCCAGAAUGAUUCCCCAAGUGAUGCCAGUGAGGGGCCUGAGUACUUGGCCAUUGGCAACCAGGACCCCCGAGGCCGGACCGCCAGCUGUCAGAGUCGCAGCAGCAAUGCUGAGAGCAACAGCUCCAAUUUGUUCUCCUCCAGCAGCUCCCAGAAGCCAGAUUCUGCUGCUUCCUCUCUAGGGGACCAAGAGGGAGGUGGGAAGAGCCAGUUGUCCAAUGUCCUUCGCAGGUCUAGCUUCUCAGAGGGGCAAACACUCACUGUCACCGGUGGAACAAAGAAGAGCCAUACUCGCUCCCAUUCGGAUACCAACAUUUCCUCCAGAGGAGCCCCAGGAGGCCCCAGGAGUAUCACCAUUAUAGUUGAAGAUCCCAUUGCAGAAUCCUGCAGUGAUAAGUCGAAGUUGAGAGGCCCCUUGUCCUACUCUGGUCAAAGCAGUGAAGUCAGCACACCCAGCUCUCUGUACAUGGAGUAUGAGGGCAGUCAGUACCUGUGCUCAGGAGAAGGCAUGUUCCGAAGACCAUCAGAGGGACAGUCCCUCAUCAGCUACCUGUCUGAGCAAGACUUUGGCAGCUGUGCAGACCUGGAAAAGGAAAAUGCCCACUUCAGCAUCUCAGAAUCCUUGAUUGCUGCCAUUGAGCUGAUGAAGUGCAACAUGAUGAGCCAGUGCCUGGAAGAGGAGGAAGGGGAGGAGGACAGUGACAGGGAGAUCCAGGAACUGAAACAGAAGAUCCGCCUUCGUCGCCAACAGAUUCGCACCAAGAACCUGCUCCCUGUGUACCAGGAGACUGAGUAUGGAAGCUUUCGGGUCACUUCCAGCAGCUCCCAGUUCAGUUCACGUGAUUCAGCACAGUUCUCUGACUCUGGCUCUGCUGAUGAGGUUGAUGAAUUUGAAAUCCAAGAUGGUAGUGAAGGAUCUAACCUGACUCACAUGUCAAAGAAUGGACUCUCAGUGUCAGUGGCCUCGCUGUUUUCAGAUGCUGACAUCAGAAGGAGCACACCCUCAAACAACAAAUCAUUUGUUUCCUCCCAGUCCUUCUCUCACUGCUUCCUACACUCCACGUCUGCUGAGGCAGUGGCCAUGGGACUCCUGAAGCAGUUUGAGGGGAUGCAGCUCCCAGCCGCCUCAGAGCUAGAGUGGCUCGUUCCAGAGCACGACGCCCCUCAGAAGCUCCUGCCCAUCCCUGACUCACUGCCCAUCUCACCAGAUGACGGGCAGCAUGCUGACAUCUACAAGCUACGUAUUCGUGUUCGAGGCAACCUGGAGUGGGCCCCACCCCGGCCUCAGAUAAUUUUUAAUGUUCAUCCAGCCCCAACGAGGAAAAUCGCUGUGGCCAAGCAGAAUUACCGCUGUGCAGGAUGUGGCAUCCGGAGUGACCCUGAUUACAUCAAGCGGCUGCGGUACUGCGAGUACUUGGGCAAGUACUUCUGUCAGUGCUGCCACGAGAAUGCCCAGAUGGUUAUCCCCAGCCGAGUUCUGCGCAAGUGGGACUUCAGCAAGUACUACGUCAGCAAUUUCUCCAAGGACCUGCUCAUUAAGAUCUGGAACGAUCCUCUCUUCAAUGUGCAGGACAUCAACAGUGCCCUCUAUAGGAAGGUCAAGCUGCUCAAUCAAGUCCGGCUGCUGCGGGUCCAGCUGUGUCACAUGAAGAACAUGUUCAAGACAUGCCGACUGGCCAAAGAGCUUCUGGACUCCUUUGACACAGUUCCAGGCCACCUGACAGAGGAUCUCCACCUGUACUCGCUGAACGACCUGACUGCAGCCAGGAAGGGAGAGCUGGGGCCCCGGCUCGCUGACCUCACCAAGGCGGGGGCUGCCCACGUAGAGCGAUGCAUGCUCUGCCAAGCCAAGGGCUUCAUCUGUGAGUUCUGUCAGAAUGCGGAUGACAUCAUCUUUCCCUUUGAGCUCCAUAAGUGCCGGACCUGUGAAGAGUGUAAAGCAUGUUACCAUAAAGCUUGUUUCAAGUCUGGAAGCUGUCCCCGCUGUGAGCGGCUGCAGGCCCGGCGAGAGUUGCUGGCCAAGCAGAGCCUGGAGUCCUACAUGUCAGACUAUGAGGAGGAACCCACCGAGGCCUUGGCCCUGGAGGCCGCCGUCCUGGAGACCACCUGAAGAAAGCACGUAAAGCACUCUUUCUAGGGGCUAGGGUCACACAUAGUGCAGAACUGAGCCACCUUUUUAAGGACUUUACCCACUUGGUUUUUUUUUUUUAAUUAUUAUCAUCAUUAUUAAUUUUUACGACCUGUCUAAUGUCCAUGUACAGUCAACCUUAUUUAGGUUGGUGGGGUCCAGUCUGUUGUGACAAUUUAUAGGUACCAAGUAUUUCCAUCAAAACUGACACAUGGGUCCCUAAGUGAAGCUUCUAGUGCCUCUGUCAGGGGAAUGGACAGGGAGACCCAAUUCUUCCGACAUCCAUGGCCUUCUCCACUUGGACCAGAUCUGGUUUCAGCUGCAUCUCAAGUAUCAUUUCCAGUUUUAUUUUGUUGUAAUUCUGGAGCUUCUGAGCCAGGCCUUUCUCAGCGAACUCACUUCUCCUUUGCUGCUGAAACAGGAGGAUGGAGUUUUCUCUCUCCCAGUCCUGGAAUAGGGUCAGACUGUGCCCUGAGGAGAAGUAGCAGAGAAUGGGACUACAUUGUGGGCAUUCUUAUUUAGGUGUUUUUGAGGCCAUAAAAACAGCGUUAUUGCUACCUUAGAAUUUUCAGAGACCUCAAGGAGGCAGUCAUGACUUCCUUGUUUGAAAUAUUCUAGGCAUAGAUAAUGUCACAGGCUGACUUUCUUUAUCUACCCUGGGGGACUUGACACAAAGAACAGAACUGAUACUUAGACCAGGCCCAUUUCUAGCAUAAGUAACGCUACAACUCUGUUAUUUAAGGAGCAUUUAUUCAGUCAGAGGGGCUGUUGGCCUCCUCUUAGGUGAUCAGGUUCCUUUUAGUCAACAUAGCUCUGGUGCAGGUUUGAUCUUUCAAGCUCAGGCAAGUCCCUGAUGCCAUCCUAAAUUGAGGACAGAAGCCCCAUCCACCAUUUUAUCAGUGGGUCUCUUGCCACUGUGUCCUCUGUUAGGUGGUCAGUGUGGUUCUGAGUAGAAGCCUGGCCUAACUCCGUGCUCUCCCUCUGCUCCUGAAGCACAGCUGGGACCCUCCCUGGUGGCUGAUCUCUUGCCUUAGUUUCUUUUGUCAAAGUUGAGGAAAAAGCUUCCUGCUAUUAGUGGUGUCAGACAACUUGACAGUUUGUGGAUGUGAGCGUGAAUGUUCCCGUGUUCUUGGGAUAACAAGAGCCUUUAUGCCAAUUAUGCACUUAACUUUAGCCUGGUGAUAUUCAUAUGUUCACUCAUCCUUUUCUUAUUACUAACUUUAACACACACACACACACCCUUUUUUAAUGUGUGUUUUGAUGGGAAAAGUUUUUGCUGGGACCGAGUAUAUGUUUGUCAUAUUCUUUAAGUUGCUGUACUUCCUGACCUGUAUGUAAAACACUGGUCAGGAUCACUGCUCUGAGGGCUGGCAGCUCUGUGAACUAAAGCCCAGAGCAUUUUUGUUUUGGGACUGACUUCUUCCUGGGUACCUGUCUUUCCAUAGUUGGUUGCUUGUAGGGAAAACUUGCUGUGGGCGCUGCCCCAGGAAGCUGAACAGAAAGUUGCACAUGGUUGGUGGAAGCUGAUGAGUGCCUGAGUUGGAGGCGACCAGGAGUCUCACAGGAAGUCGAAGGGGCAGUAAAGUAACAGACAGAGCUGAGGCUCCACCAGGACAAGAGGGAGGAAUUGACCUCUGGUGUUGGUCCCUCUGCUUCAAACUUGGGAUCUGAAGGCUACUUCAGGCUGUUCUCCCUUCAGUUCACGGGUGGGGCGGAGGGACUGUGAAGGCCAAGGCCUCCAGCUCAGCCCAGUUUUGAAGGGCAGACUAGAAGCUCCCUUGUCCUUCAAGGAGCUUUGGGAAUGACCCUAUGAAACUCAAGUCUCACUGAGGAUUAGGCCUCAGAUUCAGACUAAGGGCUUUGUGAAGAUGGUGAGCUCUACUUCCACUUUUGGUUUAAAUUACAAAUCUAGCUCCUUACUCCAAGUCACUACACUGGAGGAGAGAUAUACUCUCAUUAUUGUCGUGCGCGUUUCAUAUAGCAUAGGAUCAAAGGAUGGAAGAUGCUGACACUGUUUCUGAAGCUGAGCUCAACAGUCUCACCCUCCUGGUUUUUCACUUAUUUUUCACCACCUCUCUCACCUCAUCCCUUUAGGUUGCAUAUCUGUUUUAGUGACCCUGACACUGUGCUGUCAUCACUGUCCAAAUACCCAUUUAUUUAUUUAUUUGAGAGUAGGGGGAAGAGAGGAAAGAGGAUGGGAUUUUUUGAAAGCACUUUGCAACUUAUCAGUAUCUGAAAAUCCCUGCUGUUGUGGGGAGAAGCUUUGAAUGCACUGAAGAGAGUUCCUUCUGAAUGAAAUGGGAAGGAAGAAGUGUUUUUUUCUAUAAAUAAAGGGAAAAAGAAGUUUGCUUACAAGGUGGAGACAGAUUUAAGACAUAGCAGAAGAGUGGAAGGCAAAUAUUUUCCACUUAAAUGAGGCUGUUACUGACUUUCUCUACCAAAGCUUUAGAGCUUCUGUUGAAUUAACAUAAAAGGAGCAAGAGUCUAAAUGGAGAUGUUCUUGGGUGUGUACAACUCGUGUUCCGAACUAGGUUUCUACCUGUUAUAAUUCAUACACAGCCUAACAGUUCAUUGUCAUCGUUAAUAAACUAAGGAAAUGAAAUUCUGCCUUUUAUUUGCCUGCCUUGACUAUCAGGAACUGGUAUGGAGUGUCUACUAUAAAGCAGGCAUGUCUGAAAAUUCAGGAAGUUUCUGUGUAUUAAUGCAAAGAAAACUGGACCUUACAAGUCAGGAAAAAUGGAUUGGAAUGCUUUGUCACUGACUUGCUGUGUGACCUUGAGCAGAUCACUUCACCUCUCUAGAUUUCUAUGUCUU